UGCGCGGAAGUGAGAAAUGGAUAUCGUACCGAAACUCACAGGAAAAAAUGCCUUGAAAUAUGCUUUAUAAUGAUAAUUUGCAAUGUAGAGUUUGUAAUAACCACACAUGGGAUUCCACAAAUGAACGAUAGAAAAAAUUGAAUCAUGAGUUUUAUGAAGAAGCUUGUAGGGCAGAAGUUGAUGUCGGACUCUGCCCGGCAAUCUCAUGUCCAGGACAAUGCUCUCGGACUCAUGCAUUUACGCAAAUUGUUUGCGGAAUUCCGUCAUCCAACGGCCAAAGCUACUCAGAAGGACCAAGAGGACAAGCUGUAUAACAUGCUGCCACUAUUCUGCAAGGUGUUUGAGAAUGCUCCAUCUUGUGAAAUGACAGAAAAGUGGGGUGACAUCCUACAGUUUUGUAGCCAUGUGUCCAAGCUGAUGGUCACCGAGAUCCGACGCAGGGCAUCUAACCAGUCAACAGAGGCCGCCAGUUGUGCAAUUGUCAAGUUUCUGGAGAUAGAGUCUGGUGAACCCAACAGCAAUGGCUGGACCCUACUGAGUGCCAUCAACCUGCUGUCCAUCGGCGACCAGGCCUUGAUCGACUGCAUGACGGCCGCCUCCCUCCCCUCCACACUCGUCAAAUGUCUGUAUCUCUUCUUCGACCUGCCUGCUGACACCAUCAGUGACACACUAGAACCCGGUUGUGAAUUCAGUCCCAAGGAGAGACGCAUACUCCUACAGAAAGUGUUUGUGCAGGUGCUGGUGCGCUUGUGCAACCACAUCUCCCCGGCAGAGGAGCUGGCGCGGAAGGAUGACCUCAGUCUGCUGUUUAGCGCCAUCACUAGCUGGUGCCCCUUGUCUAAUGUACCCUGGAGGAAGAGUGCUGCCGAGGUGCUUGUCACGCUGUCUCGCCACGGACUUACUCACACAGUCGUCAAAUACAUUCAUGACAAGGGUUGUGUUCGUCACUGUAUAGAAAACAUGCAGAGGGUACAAGAGUUGUCUCCCCUGGAGCUAGUGGAAAUGUUUGUGACGGUGUUCUGCUUCCUGAAAGAUUCCAGUGAGGUGUCACAGACCCUGCUUGAUGACUUCAGGUCGUGCCAGGGAUACGUGUAUCUCUCCGAGUUCCUUCUCAGACUUGAGCAAGACCCUGCGGAGGAGUCCCAACAAGCCCUGCGGAACCUGGUGCUUCUGGUGGGGUCACUGACCACGUGCGGCUACCUGGAGCUCAAGCCCAGCCAGGCCAGCUCGGGAUCACUCUUCCAGAUGCCAGGCUUCAUCACACCACAGCCGGCCGGGAAAGAGGUUCAGCUAUUUUCCAGUGGUAGUAACAGUGUCAGUGUCCGCAACCUACAUGCUUUCCAAGUAUUACAGUCAGUAUUCCUCAAGGCCCAGACGAGUCAGCUGUGCAGCACCAUCCUAGACGUCAUCAGCAGCAUCUAUCACCAGGACAACGCCAACUACUUCAUCCUAGAACCACAGCACACACUCUCUCAGUUUGCAGAGAAAAUCUAUCUUAAACCCAACGAUAUACAGAACAAAUUCUUUGAGCUGAUGGAGUUCAUUGUGUUUAAUCUGAACUUUGUUCCCUGCAAGGAACUCAUCAGCCUCAGCAUACUCAUCAAAUCACAACAUUCCAUAGAGUGCAGCAUCCUGUGCAUGAAGACUCUGCUGAAGAUCCUGCGCUACCACAGCACCUACAGGGAUGUGUUCCGUGAGGUGGGCAUGCUGGAGGUGAUGGUCACCUGUCUGUACAGAUAUGCAGCACUCCUCAAGGAGCCGCAGAGUGACUCAGCAGUGGGCGGGGAUGGUGGGAAGAUCCCGGAGGAGCAGCAGGAGCUGGGGCACCACGUGAUGGAGGCGCUGGCCGUGCUGCUGUGUGGCAACUCCAGCAACGCCAGUGUGUUCCGAGAGUGUGGAGGAGCUCGUUGUGCACACAACAUGGUGCCAUACCUGGGCUGUCGACAGUUGGCUCUCAACAUCGUACAGCAGCUGGUGCUGUCACCUGGUGGCGACGAUGACAUGGGAACUCUACUGGGUCUCAUGCCCACGGCACCUGUCACCGACCUGGAACUCAAGACUCACAUUCUCAAGUCUCUGUUGAAUGUACUGCGAGAGAGUCACCGAACUCGGACAGUGUUCCGUAAAGUAGGCGGCUUCGUGUACGUCAUGUCCGUGCUGGUGUCCAUGGAGGGCUGCCUGGCUGACCCACCCAGGGCACCCUGGGAUAUGGUACCCAGGAAGGACAUACUUACCAUGCUACGGACAGUAUUCAGCACUCUUACUGUUGCCAUGAGAUACGAACCAGCCAAUGCAAAGUUCUUUGCUUCAGAGGUGAGGUAUGACAGUCUGACAGAGGCCAUCCGAUUGCUAGGCUGCUUCUCAAACACCAUAGACAUCCAACCAGCUCCUGAGGAUAUGAAACCUAGUGAAAACCUGGACCAUCUCCACGACUUCUUCUGCCACACCAAGGAUGACAAACUGCAGAAGCCGGUACCAAUCAUACUGCUGUCAGCGAUCCUGAUGAUCCGAUACCUGUAUGACAUGGCUCUCGAUGCCUUUGACAGACCAAUGCCCAGCCAAGUGAAGGCUGACUCCCCUUCAAUGAGGAAACACACAUCCUCUGUGUCCGAUGAGUCUCAGAUAAACCAGGCUGCUCUGAAACCGAAGCGAGGGAGCACGGGAAGUAUGUCCCUCAAUCUCACCAGCCCCUCCGACCUCAUCGUCGUACAUGCGGGUGCCGUCCUGUCCAUGUUCCACCUCCUGCCUGCAAUCGAGCUGUUAUCUGAUAUUCAGACUUCCCUUGACCUGCGGCUGUUUGUCGGCGAAACCCUGAAGACCCUGCUUCGUACUGAACGUAACCAACAGGUCAUGUGUGAUGGGCGCUUCCCCCAUGAGUUGUUGAGCCAUGGCAGUGUGGCCCUUGCUGACGAGUCCCACCCACUCCACCCCUACCUACAGUACAUGUUCGAGAGACUGGCCUCACAGUCACUCACACCCAGAGAUCUACGAGACUUCAUGAGGUUGGGCUCCCCUCUCAGCUGCCGAGCAGUUGAAGACACGGCCCAGCUGGACACAUGUGCCUGGCAUGAUGCUGAGAUAGUGUCCCACUCUGUCAACAUGGAGGACAAGAAAGCCACCGUGGAGAUUGAGAAGAAACUCAAGUCUGCUGGUCAGACUGUCCCUCUCACUCGAGUCAAGUGUCUGGUUUCCAUGACAACACCCAGAGAUGCCAGGAUGCAUGGGGCGACGGUGACUCCUGCCUUCGUAGAGUUUGACAUGAAUGCGGAAGGGUUUGCCUGCCUGUACCUGCCCAGCAUCGCCCCCCAAGGCCCACCCACACCCUCCGUUGUAGGGGGAGUGGUCGGCACCUCGGAGCCCGUUGUCAUAGGCGGAGUGGGCGCAGGUGAGCGAGUGUUCCCUCCCCAGUCCGGCCUGACCUACUCCACGUGGUUCUGUGUGGACAAGUUCAGCACCGUGGCCCAGGACGCCCACCCUGUCCGCCUCCUCACCGUAGUCCGCAACCUGCAGGGGCGGGACGAGAAUCUCAUUUGCCUGAGCGUCACGCUAGCAUCCCGGGACAGAGCUCUUAUAGUUGCCACACAGGAAACUUACAUGCCUAACUCUGUGAGUGGGUGUGAGCAGGAACAGGAGCCCACCCUGAAUGACAACACUGUGAGGUUCUGGUGCCCCGAGCUCACACAGGAAGGACAGUGGCACCACCUGGUGUUGAUCUUCCACCGAGCUGGCAUCAUGAAGAACAGCAGCGUCAGCCUCUUUGUGGAUGGAGAACAUGUACAGACUCAGAAGCUUCAUUACAUCUCCCCCAACCUGGGAGGAGGGGGAACUGCCAGCCCAACAGCCUUCACCUCCGUGUUCGCCUACAUCGGAACUCCCCCACAGCUGAGACGGAACUCCCGCCUGACCUUCAGACAGGGACCAUGCCACCUCCUCGAGGACAUUGUGUCAUCGUCUACCAUUCAGAACAUCUACAACCUCGGUCCAACAUACAUUGGCAGCUUUCAGGCUCCUGUUCUCGAAGAUGGAGAAGUUUCUGGACCAUUCAUAGCUGAAGAGAAGGUGAUGUUUGAAGUUCACGCUCAUGCCAUGUCACAAAUGACCAUCGCGAAGAUCAGGAAAGUCUACAACAAAGUAGACAGCAAGUCCAUUGCUAAACAGCUUGCUAUGUCAGCCCAUGAAAACGCAACACCAAUCAGGAUCCUCCACAAUGCAUCUGGACACCUGGCGGGACCAGCUCGCAGUUUAGGGGCCAUCCUCAUGGGCUAUCUUGGUGUCCGCACGUUCUGUCCUCGUCCUGUUGCCAAAAUGUUGGACAAUGUUGGAGGCACCUCAGCCCUGCUGGGCCUGAUCGCCAUGGCAACUGAUGUUGAGGGCCUGUAUGCUGCGGUGAAGGCGCUGGUGUGCGUGGUCCGGAGCAACAAGUCGGCCAUGUGGGACAUGGACAGGAUCCGAGGCUAUCAGAUGCUGGCCAUGCUGUACAAGAAGAAGCGUCACCUCCUCAACAGCCACAUCCUACAUCUCACCUUCUCAUUGGUGGGUACUGUUGACAGUGGAAGAGAGAGCUCCGCCAUACCCAACCAGACGUCGUUUGAAGACUUGCUCUGCGAUCUCGAGGUGUGGCACGAAGCUCCAGGGGAUCUACAGAGAUCUCUCUUUGAGCACUUCUUUGAGCUGUUAACAGAAUCUAGUGAUCAGAAGGUGAACCAUGGCAUGAUGCGUCAGAUCGGUCUGGUUGAGCGACUGCUGCAUGUCAUGCAUGACGUCCGCCUUUCCCAGCUGACCAUCCAGACUGUGUCCUCCGUCCUCCAUGAGCUCCUGCAGGGGCCACCAGACAUCCCUGCCCUACUCAGAUUUGGUCAGUUUGUUGUAUCGACCAUUCCAUCAGCUAGUGUGAAUGAGAAGCUGAUCAGUCUUCAGGUGAAUGGUACUGGAGUGUCCAACAGUGAUGAGGACGUGUCUCCUUCAGCCACACAGCAGGAAGUUACAGCUGAGAGUAGCAAGGUCAACCAGAUCCACACCAUCAAGCUGAGGAACAUCCUCCUGGAGGUGGUCCUGAAGCUCAUCAUUCCACGAGGAGCCAACAAAGUGGACCAAUCUACGUGUGAGGAGAUUCAGAAGGUGCUGGGUUUUGAUUGGUUGCUGCUGUUCCUGAAGCCUCACCUUCACCAGUCCACCGUAGUACUGGCUCUGCGACUACUCCUCACCAUGUUCCGCAACCCCAACAACAUCAACCGCUUCCGCGAGGGCAGCUUCGGUGGAGGCUGGUUGGGCGACACAGAGCAUGUGAUCAAGAACCAGAUGGCCACCAUGUUGGGUUUCAAUCUAGGAACUGCCUCUAAAGGCCAUGAACGGGAAGUGAACUCUGAGGUGUGUCAUGUGCCAGGGUUUCUGGCCCUGCAGUGGUUGUUGCCGCGGCACACGGACGUGUCGGCACUCUACUUCCUGCUCAUGGCACUCAUGCUGGGCCAGCACAUGAAGGACUUGCCAGCUGACGUUCAGGUAGACGCCCAAGCCAGGUCACAUGGGAGGCUGAACCUGGAUGCUGUGUGGACUGUGAUAUUCGGGGUGCCAGCCAGCAAGCCUGUAGUUCUGUUGGCCAGGGAGAAGGUGGACCUUGUGCCUGAUGCUGCCUUUGUCAUCCUGUCCAUGAUCAGAGCCAUGCUCAACUUGACGCCUGGAGAAGAGAACAACACCAGCGCCAACAACUCGUGGCUGCAGGACUUCCCCGUGACGCUGAUGCAGUUCCUGUUGUUCCUGUACCACAACCAGGCCGACUUCCUGACGCUGUGCACGAUGCCGGACUUCAUCUCGGGGCUAGCUGCCACACUGUUCCCCUUCCAGCCAAUGGACCUGGACAGUGACCUCACAUCUCCCCAGGAGGAGUUCAAACCAUUCCCUGAUGCGGAGCCUGUUGUGUUGGUCAAGACUCCAGAGAAAAGUAAUGGAAGCGUCCUGACCAAUCACUCCGCUAGAAAGUUUAUCAUUGACUUCCUCCGCACCAUCGUCAUCGACAGCUUCUCACAGCCUCCAACUUCCAAGUCCAAUGCUGCAAUAGACCUGCUUCUUGAUGCCUCCCCCGAACACGCAAGUCGAGCCCAGCAGAAGGAGUUCCAGACAGAACUGUUGACGACCCUGAUGGGGCACCUGCUGGCUGCUGAUGUGCUCCUUGGGGAGCAGGCUGCACUGCCCAUCGGCACAGGCAACAGCUACAACAACAUGGCUGCCAACGUCUUCUACUUCGCUAGCAGGGUUGUAGACAAACUAUGGCAAGGUGUAUUCACAAGAGUUUCCAAAGAGGUGUAUGAUUUUGUUAGCAAACUGAUACAACAAGCCAAAAGAAAAUCAUCUGGCGUGUCCCUGGACAGCAUCUACAAGUGUCUGAACAGGACCAUCCUGUUCCAGCUGUCGCGGCCUAUAGACAGCGUGGCCAGCCAGGCAGGGGUGCUGGAGGCCCUCCACAGACUCACCAACUCCCGCAGCAUGGUGUUUGGGCCUGGCAACUAUGAUCAGGAGUUCCUUGGCUGUCUCUGCUACUGCUUGCUGCAGCUUACAGAGGACCCAGAGUCAAGCGGAGCAAACCUGAGUGAGUCUAAGCCAAGACAAACAACAUGGCACGUGGACCCUGACGCUGUAGACGCUGACCCCAACAGCCAGACUCCCCCGGCAGAGAAGCCCCGGCAGACGGCUCCCACCAACUCCGUACUGAAGGAAGGCAUGCAUCUGGUGGCUACUGCUGCCAAGAGGGUGUGGGAUGAACUCUACGUCUGCAAGAAGCCUGCUCUAGAGGAGAUUUUCCGAACCCAAUUGAAUAACAUUGACAGUUCCACCAAGAACAUCUCCAGUCCGGAUCUCAACACUGUCAGAUUGCUGAUACAAGAAGCAGCUUCCAAGAUCUGGGUGAACUACGCUGAGAAUGAGCGCAAGUCUGUCCUGAUGCACACCGACAGAAUACAGACACAGAUACAGUCGAAACUACAAAGAGUAGGGAGUGGCGUCCUUCGUCUAGCAUCGCGCCGCACAAAGAGAGAGCUGCCCCUCAAGUCAUCCCCAGCAUCCAAUGUACACAUUCAUGAUUUCUACAUGUGGACCAGUACCCAUGUAACUCUAGUCAAAGACGUGGUGGAGUUUCAACACAAGCAGUAUCUGCAGAGCCAGCAGCACAUGGAGAAGUACCUGAUCGAGGAGUGGAGCCAGAUGGAGGGGGAGCUGCUGAGAGUUCGGGGAAUAUGGGGGCCGGAGGUCAGCAAUAGACUGGACAAGUGGCAGCUGGAUAUGACGGAAGGUCCCUGUCGAAUGAGGAAGAAGAUGCACUGCAAUGAGUUGUUUUAUGUGCAUUAUCCAUACAGGCCUGAUCUGGAGGACAGUCCCCUGAGGUACAAAGUAGCCAUCAGUUUUGAUAGCAAGGAUUUCUGUGAGCAGUAUCGGCCUCAGACAAUCUUGGGUAUGGAAUCUCUGCCCAUCCAGCGCACUGGCGAUGCUGAUCUUUUGUCUGCCGAGUCUGAGAAUGGGGCGGACAGGUCACUGGAAGCUGACAUCAUGAAUAUGCCGAAGCUUCUGCCUCGGUCGACCAGUCAACGGUCCGGCACUGAGGAUGAGGACCCGGAUGACCUCCAGAGCGUCGACACGGCCGACACAACGGACGGGGAGCGGUCAGACACCACUACAGGGGAGGGUCAACAGGAGGGUCAGUCCACAGGGGACAAGGGAGACAACCAGGCCAUCCUCAGGCUGCUGGGAGACAAGGAGAAGAUCACCCACAUGUUCCGGUGUGCGCGGAUCCAGGGGCUGGACACGGCAGAGGGACUGCUACUGUUCGGCAAGGAACACUUCUAUGUGAUUGAUGGCUUCACGCUCCUCAAGACAAGGGAGAUCAAAGACAUUGACACUCUUCCCCCCGAGUAUCACGAUCCAAUCAUUCCCAAGUCAUCAAUGAGCAGUGGGGGUGCACUGAAGAGAAUGUGCAGCAAGUUCGCCUAUGAUGAGGUGCGAGAGGUGCACAAACGCCGCUACCUGCUCCAGCCCAUUGCCAUCGAGGUUUUCUCUGCUGAUGGCAGAAACUAUCUACUGGCGUUCCCUCGCAAGAUCAGGAACAAAGUGUAUGCAAAAAUUCUGUCGGUGGCCACAGCGAUCACUGACAAUGCCCAACAGUCAGUGUCCGGACAGAAGCAGAAUGCUAAAGUAGAAUCGGGUGGUGGCCUCAUCAGCAGCUUGAUAGGGGAGAAGUCUGUGACGCAGAGAUGGGAGCGGGGUGAGAUCAACAACUUCCAGUACCUUAUGCACCUGAACACCCUGGCGGGGAGAUGCUACAACGACCUUAUGCAGUACCCUGUGUUUCCCUGGAUUAUCAACGACUAUGAUUCCGAGGAGAUGGACUUGUACAAAGCUUCUACAUUCCGAGAUCUGUCGGCUCCUAUGGGGGCCCAGUCCCCAGACAGACUCAAACAGUUCGAGAAGAGAUACAACGAGUGGGAUGAUCCUCAAGGUGAAACCCCACCCUACCAUUACGGCACUCACUACUCGUCAGCCAUGAUCGUGGCCUCCUAUCUAGUCAGGAUGGAACCCUUCACACAGCACUUCCUGAAACUCCAGGGAGGUCACUUUGACCUGGCUGACAGAAUGUUUCACAGCGUCCGAGAGAACUGGCUGUCAGCAGCUAAACACAACAUGGCAGAUGUGAAAGAGCUUAUUCCAGAGUUCUUCUACCUGCCGGACUUCUUGAUUAACAAGAACAACUUUGACCUAGGUUGUAAGCAGAGCGGGGUCCAGCUUGGUGAUGUCAUACUACCGGCCUGGGCUAAAGGGGACCCUAGAGAAUUCAUCCGAGCCCACAGAGAGGCUCUUGAGUGUGACUAUGUGAGCGCUCACCUCCAUGAAUGGAUAGACCUGAUCUUCGGCUGCAAGCAGCGAGGACCACCAGCCGUGGAGUCCGUCAAUGUGUUCCACCAUCUGUUCUAUGAGGGCAAUGUGGACAUCUACAGCAUUGAUGAUCCUCUUAAGAAGAACGCCACAAUUGGUUUCAUAAACAACUUUGGGCAAAUACCGAAACAGUUGUUCAAGCGGCCCCACCCCCAGAAGAAGUUGAACAUCCGUGCACUGGACCCCCUACCCAUGGGCUCCUACACCAGCACCUCGGCGGACAGACUCUUCUUCCACAACGUUGACAAUCUCAAACCUUCCAUGCAGCCUGUCAAAGAAUUGAAGAGCGCUGUGGGUCAGAUCUUCCACAGUGAGAAGUAUGUGAUGGCUGUGGAGCAGAACAAAGUCCUCAUCCCACCGGGCUGCAACAAGUACCUGGCCUGGGGCUACUCAGACCUCAGUGUCCGUAUUGGCAACUACGAAUCUGAUAGGGCCUCUGCAGUGUUUGAGUGUCUGGACAACGGAGAGAUACUGUGUGCUGCUUGCCCCAACUCCAAACUCUUCAUCACAGGAGGAUUCAGCUGUGUUGUGAACGUCUGGGAGUACAUUCCUAAAGAGCGGAAAGCUUUCCUGAAGCGCCCCCUGUAUGGCCAUACCGAGCCUGUCACAUGUCUAGCAGCUUCCCCUGCGUACAAUGUGAUCAUCAGUGGAUCACGUGAUCGCACCUGUAUCAUCUGGGAUAUGAGCCGGCUGAUCUUUGUACAUCAGCUGAGAGGUCACGUAGCGCCGGUGGCUGCUGUAGCCAUCAAUGAUCUGACAGGCGACAUUGCUACAUGUUCUGGCACCUACCUUCACAUCUGGAACACCAACGGAGAGGGCAUUGCUAGUGUCAACACCUCCACAGGGCGUAACCAGCAGAUCUUAUGUGUGGCCAUGUCACAGAUGAUGGAAUGGGACUCACAGAAUGUCAUCCUGACAGGAAGCAGUGAUGGAGUUGUCCGGAUGUGGAGUGUCGAGUAUGUCCAAGUGCCGAUAGAAACCAAGACCAAAUCCAAGGACCAGCCAGAAACAGGCAAGAAGGAUGUGGUUACCUCCCCUGUUGUUAAUACUCAACCAAUCGGAAUUCCAAAAAUUGCUCGCCGUGAGUCCUGUGAUAGCUACAGCGAUGCCCGAUCAGCUGUGGACUUGUUGAAAGACUUUAAAGAUCCUGACUAUUUGGCAGCAAAGGAAUGUGAACUCGGGUCAUCUGCAGACAGUGAGCAUCACUAUGUGAACAGGAUGAAGAACCGUGAUAACAAGAAACGAGAACAAACUAACACGGGUGACACAGAGAAGGAUGUGUUCGAAAGACUGGAGUCCAACCUGAGUACGACGAGUAGCACGAGUGACUUGUACCGAGGCGAGGAUGGCACAAGUACAAAUGGUGACGGAGAUGACUUGAGUAGAGAGUGUGACAGCUCGAGCAUCAAGUCAGGGGAACAUUCCCUAGAAACUGCCCUAGAUGUUCUCACCGAACUAGGUGACGAGGAAAAGGUGACGUCCCAGAACAGCCAGCAGCCAAGUCAGUCGGAACCGUGUCUGGCGGCUGUAGCUAGUGGGGAAAACAGUGUUGGUGUCGAUGGUCGUAGCAAGAGCCAUCCUGACUUGAAGGGGUCGGGGCAUGAGUCGGACUCGUCUCGAUCAAACAGCUCCGACUUUGUGGUGAUUCAGGACGGUGAGGUGGCAGACUCGAAGAAGUCGAUGGAGGAGGUGCUGAAGAAGUAUAAGCCUAAGAACAAGAACACUCUGAGAGAAGGUUUCCAGUGGCAGAGUCAGCUGGUGUUCCGCAGCAAGUUGACGAUGCACACAGCGUUUGAGAGGAAGGACAACAAGGACCCUGCUGCUGUCACAGCCAUCGCCAUUUCCAAGGACCACAAGACAGUGUAUGUGGGUGACGCCAAGGGACGGAUAUUCAGCUGGACAGUGACUGACCAGCCUGGCCGUGUGGUGGCUGACCACUGGAUGAAGGAUGAGGGAGUGGACAGCUGUCUCUCCUGCUCUGUCAAGUUCUCCUUCUCCGAGCGGCGACACCAUUGUCGGAACUGUGGACAAGUGUUCUGUUCAAGAUGUAGCCGGUAUGAGACCGAGAUCCGGCGUCUUCGCAUUGUGCGACCGGUACGAGUGUGUCAGGCCUGCUAUAACAUAGUCCGGGCCCAGCAGGCCGCCGACGCCAUCUCCAGCCAGAAGACGUGAACACCAUCAUUCCAUAGAGUGCAUUAGACUAGUGUCAGUGAACAGUAGACCACAGUACACGUUCCACCUGCGACUUCACCUGUACCAAUGUUGUGAUGUGUUGGUAGGGAGAGGUUCAGUCAUACCUUGCCAUCUUGGAGUGCCUCAUUUUGUACACUGGCAAGAUGAGGCAGAUAGUCUUUGGAGGCUCAUUACACCAGGGACACCUUAUUUCAAGCCUGAAGGGGCAGAUGUCAAGCCUGCAGGGGCAGAUGUCAAGCCUAAAGAAGGCACAUUUGAAGCUAUGGGUCAUAUUUGAAGCCUGAUUUUGGCCUGUUGGAAACCUGAUUUGAAGAGGGUCCAUAAUGGCAUUUGCAGCUUUUGUUAUGUUGAUCUCCAUGGAGUUGUUACUGUGAAUUGAACAGACUGACUUUUGUGGAAGGACCACGCUGAGGGUGCUCGUGGUUCGGCACUGUUGACAGAAGGGGAGCUAUGUUUCUGUUGAAUUACUGUGUCUGUUGCUUCAAGUCUCCCUCACUCUGUACUGUUUGUCAGUAUUGGUUACAUGUCUUAUGGUAUUUUGUUGCUGUUAUUGCAUUGGAUUGUUUUGAAGACAACAGGGAUGGAACAUGAUGGUUGUGGAGAAAGUAGUCACAUCUUAAUACAUGCAAUCCAAAGAAUAGAAAGUCAAAAGUCCCAGAUAAGUUAAUGAGUAAACUUUGCUACUUGCCUAAGCAUAUCAUUGUGUAUGAAAGUGUGAGGCCGGUUCUCUGUCACGACCUGAAGGGACGGUCAGGUCUUGAACUUCAUCUUGAACUAACUUGCAUCAUCUGGAU